CAAAUACUUGUUGUUGAAUCGAAAAUUGAAUUUCAAUCACAAAAUCCAUCUGCAGUUUUAGGUUAUAGUUAUACACCAGGGAAAUAAGCAACAAAAGACCAUGUUCAAAGCCAGGUAUGAAAGAGAUUCAGUGAUGUUUGGAAUAUUGAGUUGUUUGUUUUUGUGCCUUUUCGUGCAAAUUGAAGGACAUACUUUAGAUAACAGGGUUAUAUUGAAAGUGAGGCAGGGUAUUGAAAAGACAUUGGAAUAUUUGGAUGCUGAAUAUAAGCGGAUAAAUGAAGAUUGUUUACUUGGAGUUGUGUUGAGUACAGCAAUUAUCCAGGAUGCAUAUAAAAAUGGUACUCAUAUAAUGGACAAAAACUCCCAAGAAAUCAUCGAUAAAUCACAAAAUCUGAUACAGAAAUCUUUACCAUUUAUCAAAUCUGAAAGAAAGUGGACAAUCAAUUCAAUCUUGGAUUCUAGGAUCUGGUCAAAAGAAAUCCAUUAUAAAUAUAACCAAAUAGACACGUUUUCAAAAAUUAAUAGAGAUGAAAUAUUGAAGGGAAUCUAUCAUUGUCAGGAUGAUGAAUUAUUUUUGUCAAAUAUGGAUCGUUGUUUAAUGGGCUUUGGAAACAAAAGUUACCAAGUUGAAAUUCAAAAGUGCUAUAUUUAUAAGAGAUGUUGGGACAUUUAUUAUAAGGAUGAUGAUUUUUCAACUGGAUAUAUGCUUACUCAUAAGUUAUUGUUGCUACAACUCGCCAAAGGAAGAAAUUGUUUAAUAGACAAAACAGCUUAUAAAAACAAAGUACGGGAAUUAUGUUCUCGAAUAUAUUUAGAAGUCACUACAGGUGAUAAAUAUGACAUACUUGACGAUAUGUUCGACUUAUUUCUGGAAGAAUCUCUGCUUUGUGGUUUUGAAGGAUACACAGAGUUCCUGUCUAACAAAUGGUUGUUCUAUAUUUUAAAAUCGCAAAGACCUUCAGGAUGCUUUCCAGCUAUUUUAACUGAUAAUCUGAAGACAAAAAUAAAAAGAACUACGAAUAUUUUUGAAGAUAAUUGCGCCGAUCAUACCACUGGAUUGGGUCUAGCUGUUUUAUCCUUGUAUUAUAAUUUUAUUAUAAAAACUGUGUUUGUGUAAAGACGUGGUUGUGACUUCUAAACAAUUUAUUAUUAUUUAAUUAUAGAAAAAUAAAUAAUAAAGAUUGCUUAUUUCCGAAUAAGAUAUCUCGUUUUAUUUCCCAUGGAAUAGACGAAUAGAAAAAUAUCUACCAAUCCCUGCAAUUAUACAUAAAAGAACCCGCCCAUGUGUUAUUCAAAUUUCGAAUUUGACAAUGACAAUUGACGUUUGUUGGCACGCCUGUAAUUUAUCCUUCUGUUUAUAAGCUUCUCGAAAGUGACUUGUGUUUCUGAAUUUAUUUCAGAAAUCUGAAAUCAUCUGAUUAUUCCGUGAAGGGAAUAAUAAAUUGAGGAAAUUAUUAUUUUCCUCGAUAUUCGUCGCGCCUAAAAAUUUAGUUAGUCCAAGAAAUAACCAUGGCAAGU